UAAUUCAAUAUGAUACAGAAUUUAACAAAGUAAAAGCAUGGAGGUUAUCUGCAUUAACUUCACGCCCUAGAAAACGUCAAAGAAAUUUAGAUUAUAGACCUGUUGAACGUUUCAAGUUACAUUUAGGAGACUUAUCGGAUUUAGAGAAGCCUAAACUACCUGACAAAUUAGAUUAUAAAAAGGCUAUUACUGAUUAUCUAAGGGAAAUUG